GCCCUCUACACGGGGGACCUGGCCAGGCUGCAGGAGCUCUUCCCGCCUCAUAGCACAGCUGACCUGUUGCUGGAGAGCCGUACAGCAGAGCCUCGCUGGAGCAGCCACCAGAGGGGGAAGAAGUCAUGUGGAGCCCAGAAUAGCUUCUGCUGGGCCGCGUGGCCAGCUCAGGGACGCCAGGCCCUCGGAGUGUCCCUUCUCCUGCCCCUCUGCCUGUGGCUUCCGCGCCCUCCCCCCUCCACCCGUGCUCAUGAGCGGGUACCCAGAAGAGUGCGGGGGGCAGGGGGAGCCCCAUGGCAACAGACACAGCCUCUGUGCCAGGCUGGUGGAGUCCAGCGGAGGGUCUGAGGAGCCCCCCGGGUCGGGCCCGGGCCCCAUUGCCGUGGGCACAGCCGCAGGCCCCGCCCUCGCCCUCUGGCAGGCGGUGCUGGCAGGGGACGUGGGCUCCGUCGCCCGCAUCCUCGCCGACUCCAGUGCUGGCCUGGCUCCCGACUCUGUCUUUGACACCAGCGAUCCAGAGCGAUGGAGGGACUUCCGAUUCAACAUCCGAGCUCUGAGGCUCUGGUCUCUGACCUACGAGGAGGAACUGACCACCCCGCUUCAUGUGGCGGCCAGCCGAGGCUACACCGAAGUCCUGCGACUGCUGCUCAGACGGAGGGCCAGACCGGACAGCGCCCCCGGGGGCCGCACCGCCCUGCACGAGGCCUGCGCUGCGGGCCACCCGGCCUGUGUCCAUGUGCUGCUGGUGGCCGGAGCAGACCCCAAUGCGCCAGACCAGGAAGGAAAACGCCCCUUGCAUCUCUGCCGAGGGGCUGGCACCCUUGAGUGUGUGGAGCUGCUCUUGAAGUUUGGGGCGCGAGUGGAUGGGCAGACUGAGGAUGAAAAAGAGACAGCCCUGCACGUGGCCGCACGGCUUGGCCAUGUGGAAAUGGCGGCCCUGCUUCUGAGACGGGGUGCGUGUCCCGAUGCCCGCAAUGCCGAGGGCUGGACGCCGCUGCUGGCUGCCUGCGACGCCCGUGGCCAGUCCCCCGCCGAGGCCGAGGCCAGCGCCUCGCGCUGCUUCCAGCUGUGCAGCUUGCUGCUCUCCGCUGGCGCCGACGCAGAUGCCGCCGACCAGGACAAGCUGAGGCCCCUGCACCUGGCCUGCCGCCGGGGCCAUUCGGCCGUUGUGGAGUUGCUCCUGUCCCACGGUGUCAGUGCCAACGCCAUGGACUAUGGAGGACACACCGCCCUGCACUGUGCCCUGCAGGGCCCAGCGGCCGCCCUGGCCCAGAGCCCUGAGCACAUGGUGCGAGCUCUGCUCAACCACGGCGCCGUCAGGGUGUGGCCCGGGGCCCUCCCCAAGGUGCUGGAGCGCUGGUGCUCUUCCCCACGGACCAUCGAGGUGCUGAUGAAUACCUACAGCUCGGUGCAGCUGCCCCGGGAGGCGCUGGGGCUGAUUCCUCCUGAAACGCUGCAGGAGCACCGGCGUUUCUACUCCUCCCUCUUUGCCUUGGCCAGGCAGCCGCGCUCCCUGCAGCACCUGAGCCGCUGCGCGCUGCGCUCGCACCUGGAGGGCUGCCUGCCUCAUGCCCUGCCUCACCUUCCCCUGCCGCCCCGCCUGCUCCGCUACCUGCAGCUGGAGUUUGAGGACGUACUCUACUAGGGAUGCGAUGUUGCCUGCAAGCAGACACCCCGGCCUGCAGGGGGCGCUGCAGAGGUCCUGUCAGCCGGAGGUCCAGCGGGAGGGCAGCGGUGGAUGCUGUCUUGAGAGGGGGACACAUCAGCAGCCAGAGGGUGUGUGUGUGUGUGUGUGAGAGAGAGAGAGACAGACAGACAGACAGAGACAGAGACAGAGUCCCC